AUGGCUCUAAUUUCAGUCCCCCAUUUCAUUAUUUUCCCUUUCAUGUCUCAAGGUCACACCAUCCCUCUUCUCUAUCUAGGCCGUCUCCUCCGGCAGCGUUCUAUUGCCGUCACAAUUUUCACCACCACCGGAAACUCUCCAUGCAUUCGGGCCAUUCUCCAGGACACUGAUAUUAAACUUGUUGAACUCCCAUUUCCGCAAGAAAUAGAUGGGGUACCUCCUGGUGUUGAAAACACUGAUAAAUUGCCAUCCAUGGCUUGUUUUCUCCCUUUUGCUAUUGCUACAAAAAAUAUGCAGCAUGAUUUUGAAAAAGCCAUUCAAAAUCUUCAGCCUGUUUCCUGCAUAAUCUCUGAUACAUUUCUUGGCUGGACUCAACAAUCUGCUGCAAAACUCGGGAUUCCAAGGCUGGUUUUUUCCGGCAUGGGAAUUUUUUCCACUACCGUGUGUCAAAUAAUGGUAAAUGAUAGGCCACAUGCCGGAGCAGUUUCACCAGAUAGUCCCUUUCUGAUUCCUGAUUUUCCCAAGUUGAAGUUGACAAGAAAUGACUUUGCUCCACCUUUAUGUGAUAUUGAACCCACUGGAGAAUGGGUGGAUUUCAUGGGGGAGCAAGUCCUUGCCGAGGCGAAAAGUCAUGGCUUAAUUGUCAACAGUUUUUAUGAGCUAGAAUCAAGCUAUGUUGAUUAUUGGAAUCAAAAAAUGGGGCCAAAAGCUUGGUGUGUAGGGCCACUCGGUGUAGCUAAGCAAGUGCCACCUUCUAUGGCUGCCAUGGAGAAGCCACUGUAUAUUCAAUGGCUAGACGAUAAAUCUGCAAAAGGAGAAAAAGUUUUAUAUGUUUCGUUCGGAACGCAGGCAGAAGUUUCAGAAGAACAAUUAGAUGAAAUUGCCAAGGGUUUAGAGAUAUCCCAGGUGAGUUUUCUGUGGGCUUUCAGGUCAAAAGGUCUGGAAUAUUUACACGGUUUUGAAAAGAGAUGGUUGAUAGUUAAAGAAUGGGUUGAUCAAAUGGAAAUCCUAAAUCACAAUGCAGUAAAAGGGUUUUUAAGUCACUGUGGAUGGAACUCAGUGAUGGAAAGUUUAUCUGCUAAUGUGCCAAUUUUAGCAUUUCCAAUGAUGGCGGAGCAAAACCUGAAUGCAAGGCUUGUGGCAGAGGAAAUCGGCGUAGGGCUGAGACUUAUGCCGUCAAAUGGGUCUGUCCGGGGGUUCGUGGCUGCGGAGGAGGUGAAGCAAAUGGUGAAAGAGUUAAUGGAAGGGGAAAGGGGUAAAGCAGUGAGACGGAAGGUGGAGGAAAUGAGAGACGCUGCAUGCGCCGCAACCAAAGACGGCGGUUCUUCUUGGCAGACUUUGAAUGUCCUUAUCAAUGACGUUUGUGGGAAAACAUCUUCACAAUCUUCUUCUCAUUUACCUAAAAAUGAUGAAUUCUUGAGUUGCCAAGAGCGGGGUGUAAUCCCCGAUGUACCACUAGCAUCACCCAGUAAGUAA